AUGAGCUCCAACGGAAUACCGAUCAAGCUGCUCACGGAGUCUCAAGGCCACGUAGUGUCCCUAGAACUCACAACUGGUGAAGCCUACCGCGGAAAGCUUGUUGACAGCGAGGACAAUAUGAACGUUCAAUUGAGAGACGUCACGGCAACUGCUAGAGAUGGCAGUGUGACACGCAUGGAUCAUGUAUUUGUCAGAGGAUCACAUAUACGGUUUUUCGUGGUACCAGAUAUCCUCAAGAAUGCGCCGAUGUUCAAGCAAGGUCCAACUUCAAAGCCUCCACCGCCCAUCCGUGGACCGAAAAGAAGGUAA